UGUGUAGCAAUGCUCAGUAGCGUUUUAAGUUUGUUUAUGAGUUUUUGGUAAAUAACUAUUUUUCAUUAGCAAAAUAGUUUACUGAAUUUAUUCAGGCUACUUAAUUUUGUGCUUUAUUCAAGAAGUGUAAUAGGAAGGAUUUGUUUUAAAAUAAAAUUUUAACUAGAUUUAGAUUUACAAUGGCUUCAAGCUACAUAAAUCGUUUAAAUGAUAUUCCGCAUUUUGAAGUAAAAAUUACUGAAAAAAAUGUAGAAACUACAGUUCAGCUUUUGAUAAGUCACUUAAAAAAAUCUUGGAAUAUUAACAAGUUAAAUAAAAAGGUUUAUGAUUCUGGUAUUACAAAUAAACUUUAUGGUUAUUAUGUGAAUUAUGAUGGUACAAUAGUUUCACCACAAUUUUCUGAGUAUGGACGCUCUGAAAUAGUGCUUGUUAGAAUCUAUGGAAACAAAACAGAUUUAGUUAUUGAUCGAGCUCAAGAACUGCGCAAUUUUGAAGAGUUGUCAAGAUGUGGUAUUGCCCCAAGUAUUUAUUGCACUUUUUCUAAUGGGUAUUGCUACAAAUAUAUGGAAGGAAGAGCUUUAAAUCCAAAAGAUUUCAGUGAUAAGAAUAUAUUAAACCUUUGUGCACGCCAGGUUGCAAAUAUCCAUUGCCUCCAACUUUCUGAAAAUUACCUUAAACAUUAUAAAUUGGAAUCUGUUUUAUUCAAAACAAUAAACCGCUAUAUUAGCCUGAUUCCUCAUAAAUAUAACUCUGAAGAAAUGCAAAAAAAAUACCUUGAAUUAAUUCCUUCUAUUGAAUGCUUACAUUCAGAGGUUAAUCAAAUUAUAUCCAUUGUAGCAAAUAUGAAGACAAAAAUUGUGUUUUGCCAUAAUGACUUGCUAUGUGGAAACUUUAUAUUUGAUGAAUAUAAUGACAAAGUUGUUUUAAUUGAUUAUGAGUAUGCUGGCCCAAACUAUGCUGCAUAUGAUAUUGCUAAUCAUUUUAAUGAAUAUGCAGGUAUUGAAGAUUUUGACUUCAGCUUGUAUCCUAGCAAGGAAGCGCAAAUGGAGUGGUUAAAUAUAUAUAUGAUUGAAACCAAUAAAAUUAAAGGUUUAACAGUUGAAGUUAGUGAAAAAGAACUAGAAUGUUUGUAUUCCCAAGUUCAAGUAUUUUCAUUAGUGUCACACUUGUUUUGGGGAAUUUGGGCAUUAAUCCAAGCACAUUACUCAGAUAUUAACUUUGAUUUUCUUUGGUAUAGCUCGAUGAGAUUGAAUGAAUAUUUUAAACACAAAGAUGCAUUUUUAACUAUUGGAAAAAAUGCAGAAUUUAUUUAGCGAAAUGAAAAUUUUAUAAGAGUUUAUAUUUGCAUUUCUUAGGCAUUCUUUAAAAAAAAAUUAUUUUAACAAUUAUUUAUAAAAAAA